GAAGCAGAGAAGUGUCCUUUAUCUUUAUUAACACCAGCAGCUAUUAUACCAGCACAUAAUGUAUAGACCAGCCACAGCUGCUCGCACCUCUUUGCCAUUAUGGAUGAUUGCCCUCCUUGUGUUUGGAGUGUUGGCGAUCCUAGGAACAAUUAUUGGUCUCCUGGUUCAUUUUUUGACAGUAGAAAACAGGACCUAUUAUUACAGAGGUAGCUUCAAAGUGUUGAAUAUUACAUAUAAUAGAAAUUAUGAAAAGGAGACAUCACCAGAAACUCACUAUCUUAGCAAAAUUCUUGAAACAAAGAUGUCUGAUGCAUUUGAAAGCUCUGAUAUUUAUAAAAAAUAUAUUAAUUCUCAAGUCAUCACACUGGUACCUGACAGCAAUAGUGUAACAGCAAAUAUAUGGCUGGUGUUCAGGUCUCCCAAAUCAAUGAAAGAAAAGACAAGAGGAAGAAUUCAAAGUAUCUUACGCCAAAUGUUGAAGAACAAUGCAGGACCAUUGAACACAGAUCCCAAUUCUCUGCAGAUCACAGAAAUCAGAAAGGCUGAUGCUGAAAAAAUGAUCAAUAACCGCUGUGGGAGACGAGCAAGGAUGUCAGCUACCUAUGAUAGAAUCAGGGGUGGUUCCAGUGCUCAGGAGGGAGAAUGGCCGUGGCAAGCAAGUAUCCAGAAGAAUGGUCGACACUACUGUGGGGCAUCUCUGAUCAGUGAAAGAUACCUGGUGACUGCAGCUCAUUGCUUUCAAAAGACAACCAAUCCCAAAAACUAUACUGUCAGCUUUGGCACUAUAGUAAGACCCCCUUAUAUGAAACAUAAUGUUGAACAAAUCAUUAUUCAUGAAGACUACAUUCGGGGUGAACACCAUGAUGACAUUGCAAUCAUACUGCUCUCUGAAAGAGUUUCAUUUAAAAACGAUGUACACAGAGUUUGUCUUCCUGAAGCCACACAGAUUUUCCCCCCCGGUGAAGGAGUUGUUGUUACAGGAUGGGGAGCACUUUUUUAUGAUGGUAACUAUCCAGAGUCACUUCAGAAAGCACCUGUGAAGAUUAUUGAUACAGCCACUUGUAAUUCUCAAGAAGGAUAUAAUGGUAUGGUGUUGGACACAAUGCUAUGUGCCGGGUACAUGGAAGGAAAUAUUGAUGCCUGCCAGGGUGAUUCUGGAGGACCACUUGUUCACCCCAAUUCUCGAAAUAUUUGGUACCUUGUUGGAGUAGUGAGCUGGGGUGUAGACUGUGGGAGAGUCAAUAAGCCAGGUGUCUACAUGCGAGUGACUUCUUACCGAAACUGGAUCGCCUCCAAGACUGGUAUCUAAAAGAAAAACAUUUAAUAAUGCCUACCUUGGGCCACUUUGACCUGUUACUCCUAAGCCUCACUUAACAUGCCUUUUUAAUUAGUAUAUACAACAAUUAUGUCGAAAGAGUUGUUACAUGGAGUUAAUAUUUAGGGACUCUAUUAUUUGUUUUCUAUAUAAUGAACAACAUCACAGUUAUCUCAUCUCAGUACAAAGACUUGGGACUUGGUGUUCAGACUUCCUGGAAUCAGGAACAUAUGUCCUUGGUAAAUUAGGUGGCAUUGUGAGAGACUGGAAGCAACAUGUCAAGGUUCCAUUAGAACAUGCUGUAUCUGCCUUCAUGUCUUAGUUUUCAUGAAAAGGGGUGGUUGUGAACUAAACUUACUCAGGCUUUAGAGUCAGACUCGAGUCUUUUAUUUGUAUUAAGAUCUUGGUUAACUUUACAAGUGUUGUGAAAUAAUUUCAGCAGCAGCAAAACUAGGCAAAGCAACACAUUUUAGACCUAGAGAAACAAGUUAUACUUCUUCACUGUUGAUACAGGUUUAUAGGAAACUUUACUUAUGAACAUGUUUAAUACACCUUAAAACAGAUUUAAUUUAAAGGCAGACAUUGUUCUAUGUGAAAUAUUUCUUUCUUUUAUUGUCUUUUUUUUUAAGUCCUUAAAGGUAGCAUUCACUAAUUUAUUGUUGAUUUUUUUCUAUUCUUUCCACUGGUUCAUGGUUUAGAAGAAGAAUUUAGGGUGGCAGAAGAUCUAAUCUGAGACUGGAGAAAGAGUUCCUAGAAGAAGCCCAUGUCAAUAAUAUACAGCAUUGGGUCCCUCAAAGAUCUAUGGGUAAUAGAGGCUCCUAUUAUACAGGCUAGAGGAUAAGAACAGACCAGUCUGAGUGGGAGGCAUCAAACUGCAGUGCUUUGUUAGGGUGUCAGUCAUCUUCCUGAAGAGGUCCAGUUCCUGAUCUAAGAAAGCGAUUCUCUGCAAGUCAUGGAGGUAGGGUGUCUACAGGCAGAAUCUAGGGAAUAUAGAUUCAGGAGGGCCUCAGCUUGCAACUCCACUUAUUUGGGGGUAGCUUGUGCAGCUACCAGAAGAGUACUGGGUUGGUGUACUGGUUUUGUGCCUUAGAGGAAUAGUGGCAACCCUUAUACUUUGGCCAAUUUGUGGAAGUGAUGAAUGCCAUUGGGUGUGCUGUCACUAUAGAGACUAAAUAUGAAAAACACUGACUGUACUGUAGGCUGACCAGUUGGCUGAUAACAAUUGGCACACUGGGGAACCUAUUCUGUCAUCAUCAUCAUACAUUACUGAAAUAGGGAAGAGUAUAUUAACAGCAUUCUCAGAAACAUUAUUUUGAAAAUAUGACUUAAGUGUGAGGAAGAUAGCACAAUGGUUAUGCAAAAAUGGCUUCCAGGCACCAGAAGUCCCAGGCUCACUUCCUUCCACCACUAUAAGCUAGAGCUGAGCAGUACUUUGGUGAAAAUAAAUAAAUAAAUAAAAUAAAACUUUAAUGAUACUUAUUCUUAGUGUGAAACUUAAUUAUAUCAAUGAACAUUUUAA